GGGUAAUUUCUUGCCAAACCCAAGUUUAGUUUGAGGUUCCUUCAUUUGUUUAUUCUUCUUAAUAUGCCCAGUGGAGCUAUGGCAUGGAGACUUCAAUCCAUUCGUUUUCUUCUCAUUAAUUUGGCUCUACUGGCCUGCAUCUGUGCCACUGCAGAGGGAGAAUGCUCAUAUAUACUAGAGGUAAAGACUUCGAAGAAGACCCUAAUUCAUUUUGAUCCAGGUACCAAAGACCAUGUCCGCGUGAGAUUUGGAGACAAAAGCCAAAGGGAGGUGAUCCAUGAUCAUCUGAGUGAUCCCUUUGAAGGAAACAAAAAACACCCAUUCAAGGCAAACAAAGUUGCUAAGUUUAAUAUAAGUGGCAACUGUCUAGAAAGUGAUGUGUGUUAUCUCUAUUUCAAAGUAGAGGGAACAGAUAAGUGGAAACCUAAGCAUGCUGUAGUAGAUGAUGGAGAAAUGAAUUAUAAAUUUUGGUUGAAGGACAGAUACAUGCCUGAGAAAUCCUGGGAUGGAAGGAAUCAUUGCAAAGCUCAGGAGCAGUUAGCUUCUUCUGCCUCAGAAGAUGAAAUGUAUGAAAAGACCGAGAGUACUAAAAUCAAGCCUUGUAAGAGCCCAGCUGGAAAGAAAAAGGCUGGCUUUAAAUCAUGCUGAGUCUUCUCACUCAACAUAAGUUAUUCUUAGUAUGUGGGUUGCAUUUUAGUUGGCUGGAUAGUCAUUUAUCUAAUUGAUAGAAUUAAGUAAAAGUUAAAAGUCUAAAUUAUUGAUGUAUAAAAGUUAUACAUGAGAUAAUCCUUAUAGAUACUAGAAAGGACUACUAUAUCUAUGACAGUUUUAUUAAGUAAAGUUAUUUAUUAUUGAAAAGUAUAUAUCUCUGAGUUA